AUGCAGCUGGCAAAGUUCCUCAAGAGUGCGAACAUCCGCCUGGUGCGUGCGGGAUUCUUACAGAAGCUCCACCACACAGGCCAGCGCCUCCCGCGGCGCCAGGAGGCCGAGUUCGCCUACGCCGGGAGCCGCACGGCGCUGGUCACACACGAGGAGGUGGAGGACUGGGCCCACGGCCGGCCAACUGAGAUCGGAAGGAUCGUCUCACUGUCGCACUGCUGGGAAGCCCGGGAACACCCGGAUCCCUAUGGCUACCAGCUUGAGAAGCUCGCAAGGAAGCUGCAGGACCAGGAUUGCGUCUUUGUAGACUACACGUCCCUCUUUCAGUUCAAACGGAUGCAGAAGGCCCAAGAUGAGAGCUUCCGGCGGGCCAUGCAAAACAUGCACGUCAUGUAUGCGCAAGAACACACUCGCACGCUGCGUAUCGAGACUUUGACCCCGGAAGAGCGUCUGAGGAAAGCCUGGUGCAACCAAGAGCACAUUUGUGUGUACCACGAGCCUAGUGGUUGCGUCAGACCCGUGCCCGUGGUGGAAUUGGUUCAAAACCGCACUCCCUACCACCGGCGCGGGUGGUGUGCCGCGGAGCAUCAGUGGUCGAGCACCCGAUCGGCCAAUAGCCUGUCAGAAGAGGUCGACCACUCAGAAGCGGACCAGGCCGGCGUCGCCCCCAUGGAUCCGGAGACCUUUCGGCAAACCAUUGGGGACACGCUGCAAUUCACGCACCGAAGCGACGCCGACGCAGUGCUAAACCUGCAGAAGCGUGUUUUCGAAGAGAAGGCGAGGAGCUGCAAAGCGCUCAAGCUUGCCCAUCUCAGCGCCGAGGGGUUGCGCGUAGGGCUGAAGUCUCUGGACGAGUACCCGCAGCUGGAGAGCUUGGCGAUCCUGGAGAGCGACCUCAUGCCCAACUUCCAACUGCUGCUUCAGGUCUUGGCCUCGAAGGCGCUGGCAGCGCUCCACCUGGACCACGUCGGCCUCACUAGCGAAGGCAUCCGUCAGCUGACGGAGGCACUCGCGAAGACGGAGACGCUGACGCGGCUGGGCCUCCGUGGGAACCAGAUCACGGAAGAGAUCGCCUUUGCCCUGCUGAAGGUGCUGCAGACGCACCGGACGAUGACUGAGAUUGACCUUGCCGACAACGAGAUCGGCAGAGCCACGCUUGCCAUGGUAAGGGCCGGCCUAGACAAGCAGGUCACCUGCUGCAAGUGCCAUCACCCCGAUGUGGACUUCCUCGUUAGCAGAAUGAAGGCCGGGAGCCAGAAGGAGCUGCUGGAGGAGGGCAUACUCAGCCUGGAGCUGGAGAGCAAGGAAGACCUGGAGCGCCUCCCCACACUCUUCUCUCGGGAUUUGGGCGAGCCAAUACAGCGGCUUCGACUCGGCCUUGCACAAUUGGAGUGUGGCAAGGAAGGCUGCGAGCACCUGGCCAGCGCACUGGGCCACCUCACGCAGCUCCGAGAGCUCAGCCUGGACCUGAAAGCGAACAACAUCGGUGACGACGGCUGCCAGCAGGUGGCCGCCGGCGCCCUCGGCCGCCUCGCGCAGCUCGAGAAGCUGAGCGUGAACCUGCAAAUGAACCAUAUCGGCAAGGAAGGCUGCGAGCACUUCGCCAGCUCACUGGGCCACCUCACGCAGCUCCGAGAGCUCAGCCUGGACCUGAAUGAGAACCGAGUCGGCGACACCGGCUGCCAGCACAUGGCCGGCGCCCUCGGCCGCCUCGCGCAGCUCGAGAAGCUGAGCGUGAACCUGAAAAGCAGUAUCGGCAAGGAAGGCUGCGAGCACCUGGCCAGCGCACUGGGCCACCUCACGCAGCUCCGAGAGCUCAGCCUGGACCUGAAAGCGAACAACAUCGGCGACGACAGCUGCCAGCACGUGGCCGGCGCCCUCGGCCGCCUCGCGCAGCUCGAGAAGCUGAGCGUGAACCUGCAAAGUAACCGUAUCGGCAAGGAAGGCUGCGAGCACUUGGCCAGCGCACUGGGCCACCUCACGCAGCUCCGAGCGCUCAGCCUGAACCUGGAACACAACAACAUCGGCACGGAAGGCUGCGAGCGCUUGGCCGGCGAACUGGGCCGCCUCACGCAGCUCCGAGAGCUCAGCCUGGAGCUGUCAUGGAACGACGUCGGCGACGACGGCUGCCAGCACGUGGCCGGCGCCCUCGGCCGCCUCGCGCAGCUCGAGAAGCUGAGCGUGAACCUGAAAAGUAACAGUAUCGGCACGGAAGGCUGCGAGCGCUUGGCCGGCGAACUGGGCCGCCUCACGCAGCUCCGAGAGCUCAGCCUGGAGCUGUCAUGGAACGACGUCGGCGACACCGGCUGCCAGCACGUGGCCGGCGCCCUCGGCCGCCUCGUGCAGCUCGAGAAGCUGAGCGUGAACCUGAAAAGUAACAGUAUCGGCAAGGAAGGCUCCGAGCACCUGGCCAGCGCACUGGGCCGGCUCACGCAGCUCCGAGAGCUCAGCCUGGACCUGUAUGCCAACAACAUCGGCGACGAAGGGUGCCAGCACGUGGCCGGCGCCCUCGGCCGCCUCGCGCAGCUCGAGAAGCUGAGCGUGGCCCUGUAUAACAACGGUAUCAGCACGGAAGGCUGCGAGCGCUUGGCCGGCGGACUGGGCCGCCUCACGCAGCUCCGAGAGCUCAGCCUGGACCUGUCAUUGAACCACAUCGGCGACGACGGCUGCCAGCACGUGGCCGGCGCCCUCGGCCGCCUCGCGCAGCUCGAGAAGCUGAGCGUGAACCUGCGAAAGAACGGUAUCGGCAAGGAAGGCUCCGAGCACCUGGCCAGCGCACUGGGCCGGCUCACGCAGCUCCGAGAGCUCAGCCUGGACCUGGGGAUCAACAACAUCGGCACGGAAGGCUGCGAGCGCUUGGCCGGCGGACUGGGCCGCCUCACGCAGCUCCGAGAGCUCAGCCUGGACCUGUCAUUGAACAACAUCCGCGACGACGGCUGCCAGCACGUGGCCGGCGCCCUCGGCCGCCUCGCGCAGCUCGAGAAGCUGAGCGUGAACCUGCAAAGUAGCAGUAUCGGCAAGGAAGGCUGCGAGCACUUGGCCAGCGCACUGGGCCGCCUCACGCAGCUCCGAGAGCUCAGCCUGGACCUGGCAUACAACUACAACAUCGGCCGUGACGAGAAAGAGGAGAUACGCAGGCUGCUGCAGUCACUGCCCGCGGCCAAGAAGAACAUCAGGUUGUGA